CUGCCGGUGCCAGCUCGGCUCUCUCUGCCUGGUGUUCCCACGGGGUCCUGGGAGGCAGCGGGCAGCCCCGCAGGGAGGCGCAGGACUCUUCCCCGAAGGACUAGAGGCCUCUCGAGGGGCGCCCGGGCACUUGGUUCCAGAAGAAGGGAAGCAAAGGAAAGAAGCGGCCCCAGUGACUGGUCCUGAGAGCGCCCUCUCCCCAGGAUGCGCCGAGCGCCCGGGAGCCCUUUUCCCAGGUUUCCUCCGCUUUGAACCAUCUCUGGCCAUUCCAGGCAGUGGGGCAGCGCCAGCUCUCUGUGGAAUUGCCCCAGGAUCCUUCCCCCAAACCCGCCCCGGUGAUUUGUGCGCAUCGGGAGCGGACCCCGGGCUGCGCGCGCCGGGCAGCACUCAGGCGCGCCUCCUGGGCGUUGCGCAGCCGCGGCGCCUCGCGAAGCCGGCUCCCCGAGCCCCCGGGGCUUUGAGAGAGACCACCCCAAGGCAAGGGGAGCUGCGGCGGCGGAGCCAGGGGCUUGGAGGAGCAAGGCAUGUAUUUUCAGCUGCGCCUCAGAAGAGGAGAAUUCUGCCAUCACCAGAGAGGCAACAGCCCUGAAGUGUGACUACAGCUGACUAGCUUGGCAGAGGCCUGGGAGUCUCUGGGUCGAUAGCUUAGAAUAUGCUAAAAAGUCAGUGCUUUCCACGGGGAAUUGAAGGGCCAGCUGGUCCCCGUGACAGUGACCUGGAGCAAAGGAGUCAGAAGACAGUCGCAGAGAGCAAGAGGGACCUUCCAAGGGGCCGACUUGGACUGCGGAGGGCAGGCUCCUGCCACAGAAUUGUCGCAGCCCUCUGAUGGAAUGCUGGUGAGCUCUUCCACCCAGGGGAGCAAGUGGGACUUCCAGGGGGCUGCCUGGCUAACCAGGACUCCUCCAGGUCUGACUGACCCCUGAUCCCUGCUUAGGAACUUGACAGGUGUCCAAGCACCUUCUGUGCUCUCCCUCCGGAAGAUGAGGACUCUGAACACCUCUACCAUGGACGGGGCCGGGCUAGUGGUGGAGAGGGACUUCUCCUUCCGCAUCCUCACAGCCUGUUUCCUGUCACUGCUCAUCCUGUCCACACUCCUGGGGAACACGCUGGUCUGUGCCGCUGUCAUCAGGUUCCGACACCUGCGGUCCAAGGUGACCAACUUCUUCGUCAUCUCCUUGGCUGUGUCGGACCUCUUGGUGGCCGUGUUGGUCAUGCCCUGGAAAGCGGUGGCUGAGAUUGCUGGCUUCUGGCCCUUCGGGUCCUUCUGUAACAUCUGGGUGGCCUUUGACAUCAUGUGCUCCACUGCAUCCAUCCUCAAUCUCUGUGUGAUCAGCGUGGACAGGUACUGGGCCAUCUCUAGUCCCUUCCGGUAUGAGAGAAAGAUGACCCCCAAGGCAGCCUUCAUUCUCAUCAGCGUGGCGUGGACUUUGUCGGUCCUCAUCUCCUUCAUCCCAGUGCAGUUCAGCUGGCACAAGGCAAAACCCACAAGCCUCUCUGAUGGGAAUGCCACUUCCCUGGGCAAGACGGCAAACAACUGUGAUUCCAGCUUGAGCAGAACCUACGCCAUUUCAUCCUCUUUAAUAAGCUUUUAUAUCCCCGUGGCCAUCAUGAUUGUCACCUACACCAGGAUCUACAGGAUUGCCCAGAAACAAAUACGGCGCAUCUCGGCCUUGGAGAGGGCAGCAGUCCAUGCCAAGAAUUGCCAGACCACUGCAGGUAACGGAAACCCCGUGGAGUGUUCUCAGCCAGAGAGCUCCUUUAAGAUGUCCUUCAAAAGAGAGACUAAAGUUCUGAAGACUCUGUCCGUGAUCAUGGGGGUGUUUGUGUGCUGCUGGCUCCCCUUCUUCAUCUUGAACUGCAUGGUGCCCUUCUGUGGGUCUGGGGAGACCAAGCCCUUCUGCAUCGAUUCCAUCACCUUCGAUGUGUUUGUGUGGUUUGGGUGGGCUAAUUCCUCCUUGAACCCCAUCAUUUAUGCCUUUAAUGCUGAUUUUAGGAAGGCAUUUUCCACCCUCCUAGGAUGCUACAGGCUUUGCCCGACGACGAGCAACGCCAUAGAGACGGUUAGCAUUAAUAACAAUGGGGCCGUGGUGUUUUCCAGCCAUCACGAGCCUCGAGGCUCCAUCUCCAAGGACUGCAAUCUGGUUUAUCUGAUCCCGCAUGCCGUGGGCUCCUCUGAGGACCUGAAGAAGGAGGAGGCAGGUGGGAUAGCCAAGCCCUUGGAGAAGCUGUCCCCAGCCCUGUCUGUCAUUUUGGACUAUGACACUGACGUCUCCCUAGAGAAGAUCCAGCCCAUCACACAAAAUGGACAGCACCCGACCUGAGCUCCGAGGGGAAUCCUGACAGACACGCUCAUCCCAAAAGCUAGAGGAGGGGCUCGCGGUGAAGAAACUAAAGUGUGGUGAGACUGAGACGUCAAAGGAGCCAUCCUCGGCUGCCUUCCCUCAACACACAACUAACUACGUUCAAAAAUACAUUCCAGUGUGUUUUCUGUGUUGUCCGUAGUGAAUCAAAGGACACAUGUGAAAAGAACAUUCAUAAGGGACGUGUCUUUGGCUCCGAAAUUAUUUUUAGAAACUGAUUCUUAUCUUAGGACUUAAAAAAUAGGGCAAAGACUCAACAAAUGAGCAGCUUCACUUAAAAAUUAAACAUUUUCGGGAAGGAAAUGAGAAGGGUUGAGUUUGCUGUGUACAAACAGGUGCUAACCCUGGUCCAAGCAAAGGUUUCAGAGUGUAAAGGUAGGUGCAUGCCUUCAUAAAUUAUUCCUAAAA